AUGGAAGAGCUCAGUUUUCGCCUGGCGAGGCUAAGUGAUUUUGAUGAAAUUGUAAGUUUAUCCAAAGGAAUUUAUGAAGGGCACGACUAUCUUCCCAUUGAAUUUCACAAGUGGAUGAAGAUGGAAAACAUGGCAAUCAUGUUGGUUCUUUUCGGUAACAGAGUAGUUGGUUCAAGAGCCGCUUAUAUCAUCGAUGACGGGAAAACGUACAUUAGAAGAGCUGGGCGCGUCCUUCCAGAGUUCCGCAAGCAAGGAAUCAGUCAAAAGCUCUCCGAUGCACUGGAUGAAUACGUACGCUUUAGUUUCCCAACUGUUGAGCGAAUGCGUUUCGUGUCAAAAUAUAGCAAGUUUAGUGAGAGUUUGAAAUUGAAGAAAAUUCUCCAGUUUGAUGUCUUGUCCUAUGACAUCGAAGAGGAAGAAUACCGUGAAUCUCAAACAUGGAAUGAAGAAUCAACUGAGAUUGUCACUUGUACUAAAGAUUACAUUUCAAAUGUUUUGUUUUCUAGUCACUUGGUAGAAAAAUUGUUUCCAGACAAUAUUCUUCUGUACGACCGAGUUCCCGUUGAACCUUGUAGUUCAAACUUUGAACACAUCGUGCAAGAGUUUGAGAAUCUCACAUUUUGUACAGAGAAGAAUACAGCCAACUCCUCGCCCAAAUCGUUCAGCUUCGGCGGUAUCGCUCAAAGAGUUGAGUAUAUCCACUGGACAACCUACAUCUACAGUAGAGACGCGAGCCUGUACAAAGAACAUUUGAUGUUUCAAUUCAGACUUGCUUGCAAAUCUAUCAAAACUCGUUUCAUCUUCGUUUCAUCAGUAAUGGGUGAAAGUUUAAGCGCUCAGGGAAGGAGUUUGAUGGAAGACAAAAUGCAUCUGAAAGUGUCUGAUAAUAUUAGCGAUAGGAAAUUAAAUAUAUACGAGUUGGAUUUAGUGCAACAGAACGUCACUGAAAUCUAG